CCUAUACUUAGGCUAUUGGCGGGCGAGACACUCGACAUGACUCGCAGCAGAGAGAGGAUAUCUGGAGAGCAGGAGACUCAGAUUGGAACUUGGAACUUCCCUCUCUCAAGGAUCAGUCAGCUGAUUAGUGGUGCACGCACAAUACAGUCGUCUUGCCCGCUGCCUGUUGAGGAUUCGGUGCAUCUUCCUUGUAUAGGCCUCCCGGGCCUUGGCUAG